AUGCCACAGAAUUACAUAUUGGCAUGUGAGAUUUUUGAUAUAUGGGGAUUAGAUUUUGCAGGACCUUUCCCGGACUCUAAAGGCUUCAAAUACAUCCUCAUCGCAGUUGAUUAUGUAUCAAAACUACUUCAAAAGCAAGGCAUACAACAUCAGGGAGGAGUUCCAUAUCACUCACAAACUACCAGGCAAGUGGAGAAUGCAAAUAGAGACAUCAAGGCUAUAUUGGAAAAGACAGUCGCUAGGCAUAGGAAGGAUUGGGUUGACAAGCUUAACGACGUUUUAUGGGCUUUUCGAACUACGUACAAGACACCGAUAGGGACUACUCCAUACAGACUUGUGUGUGGCAAAGCAAGCCACCUUCAGGUAGAAAUCGAACAUAAAGCGUACUGGGCCAUUAAAAAGCUUAAUGAAGAUUUAACCAUGGUUGGACAAGAGAGGAUGUUUCAACUAAAUGAGUUGGAAGAAUGGCGUUUGCUUGCUUAUGAGACAUCCAGAUCUUACAAAGAACGAUCAAAGUUUUAUCAUGACAUGCACAUCAAGAAGAACAAAGAAUUCAACGAAGGGGACAAGGUGUUGCUAUUCAAUUCCAGAUUAAGACUAUUCCCUGGCAAACUUAAAUCCAAAUGGACCGGGCCAUAUGUUGUUACAAAAGUCUUUCCUUAUGGUACCUUGGAAAUUAUGCAUCCCGAGAAAGGAAGUUUCAAAGUGAAUGGACAUCAAGUGAAGAAGUACUAUGGAAUGGAAAACAUACAAGGAGUAGUCCAAUGUUGCAGGUUGGAACCUUGGGAUGCUGAGUAA